GAUGACUUUGCUGUCUAGUUGAUUCACAUCUCCGAGUGGAUAUUACUUUUGAGCAUUUCGAGUUAUGGACUUCAACAAGCUUAAGAAAAUGGAGGACGUGGUGCGCAUCGGUGGCAAGGGAUCUAUGCGCCGCAAGCACAAGAACAUCCCAUCCUCGUCUGCGGCCGAUGAGAAGCGCGUGCAGGCCACAUUGGGCAAGUUACCGUUGAAGGAUCUCAGCGGAAUCCAGGAGAUGACCAUCAAGUUCACCGAUUCCAGUGAGGUUGUGGUAAUCAUGCCGAGGGUUCAGUGCACCGCUGCCAAUGGCAUUUUAGUUGUUAGUGGCGAUUUCGUGCGCAAGUCGCCAACAGCUUGCCCAUCGAAAGUGGCCAAGGCGCCCAAAGCACCCAUGCCAUCCAAGGCACCCAUGCCAUCCAAUCCGGAACCUUUUUCCGACAAAAAGCCAGAAUCUGAAGAGUCCAUUAAGUUGGUGGCCAAGAAGCGCAAAAAGCCGCGCAAUCGUGUUCGUCCUCGCAAUAAGAAGGUGCAAGUGAUGCUCUCCAGAAACAAUGAGGAAGCAGCCAUGGCUGGCGGGGAUUCGGAGCCGAAGCUUAUCAAUGGUAAAUCAAUUUCGAUCUCCUCUGAAGAUGGUAGCGAUCCGGAUAAUGACAACGUGCCAUCGCAUGAGUCUGAUGUGGAUCAGACCAUCGCCUGCGACAAAGGUGCGCUGGAAAGCGGCGAUGAUUCCGAUGGCAAGGAGACCGAUGACAGUAUGGAGUCGAACUACCUAUCUUUCUACUCCGAUGACUAUGAUUCCCAGGGGGAGCAGCACAAUCCGAAGACUUGUCGCGCUCAGGUCUCCGAUGUCGAAGAUUAGACUCAUUAAAAUUUCUUAGAGUUGUCAAUAUUAUUUGGGGAAAUGGCCAACGAAUGAUUAAAAUUCUCUUGCAUUGUUAUAAGCUGCAAAACACGGCCCAAAAACAAAAAAUAUUUCUAAAAUUA